CGCCUAUAUAUUGAUUAUCGAUUAUUAAGCUAAUAACAAUGUUCAUUGUGUAAACUCCCUGGUUUACCACUUCCGGGGGAAGAUUGAAGACAACCUUUCGAAUUCUUCUACCUCCAUUGUUGCUUCUCUUUACUUAUUUUUGAACAACUACAAGAUUGAGAUUGGAGGGUAAUAGUAUGGACACUGGAGGCAAUUCUCUUCCUUCUGGGGCUGAUGGGGUGAAGAGAAAAGUGUCGUAUUUCUAUGACCCUGAGAUUGGCAAUUACUAUUACGGUCAGGGUCAUCCAAUGAAGCCACACCGUAUUAGGAUGACCCAUGCUCUUCUUGCUCACUAUGGAUUGCUUCAGCAUAUGCAGGUCUUUAAACCCACCCUUGCCAAGGACAAGGAUCUUUGUCGUUUCCAUGCUGAUGACUACGUUUCAUUCUUGAGAAAUAUUACGCCUGAGACUCAGCAGGAUCAGCUAAGGCAGCUCAAGCGUUUUAAUGUUGGUGAAGAUUGUCCUGUGUUUGAUGGUCUUUACUCUUUCUGCCAAACAUAUGCCGGUGGCUCAGUUGGUGGCGCUGUCAAAUUAAACCACAACCAGUGUGACAUUGCUGUUAAUUGGGCUGGUGGCCUACACCAUGCUAAGAAGUGCGAGGCUUCUGGAUUUUGCUAUGUCAAUGAUAUUGUCUUGGCUAUUUUAGAGCUUCUUAAACAGCAUGAGCGUGUUUUGUAUGUUGAUAUUGAUAUCCAUCAUGGAGAUGGUGUAGAAGAGGCUUUUUAUACCACUGACAGGGUCAUGACAGUUUCGUUCCACAAAUUUGGUGAUUAUUUUCCUGGUACUGGGGAUAUUCGUGAUAUCGGCUAUGGCAAAGGGAAGUAUUAUUCCCUCAAUGUUCCUUUGGAUGAUGGAAUUGAUGAUGAAAGUUAUCAUUCUCUAUUUAAACCUAUAAUGGGGAAGGUUAUGGAAAUCUUUAAGCCCGGUGCUGUAGUUCUUCAAUGUGGUGCUGACUCUUUGUCUGGGGAUAGGUUGGGAUGUUUCAAUCUUUCAAUCAAAGGUCAUGCUGAAUGUGUUAAAUAUAUGAGAUCAUUCAAUGUUCCCCUUUUACUGCUUGGUGGCGGAGGCUAUACUAUUCGAAAUGUCGCUCGAUGCUGGUGCUACGAGACGGGAGUAGCUCUUGGAAUGGACGUCGACAACAAAAUGCCACAGCAUGAGUACUAUGAGUAUUUUGGACCUGAUUAUACUCUACACGUUGCACCUAGUAAUAUGGAAAACAAAAAUUCCCGCAAAAUAUUGGAAGACAUAAGAGUAAAUCUUCUUGGUUAUCUCUCAAAGCUUCAACAUGCCCCCAGUGUUCAAUUUCAAGAAAGGCCUCCUGAUACUGAAUUCCAAGAGGCGGACGAGGAUGAUGAUAAUGGAGACGAGAGAUGGGAUGAAGAUUCUGCCAUGGACAUCGAUUGUGACAGAAAGCAAUUGCCGAGCCGGGUGAAAGCAGAAAGUUAUGACACUGAAAUUAAAAUGGAAGAUGUUGCUGAGACCAAAGGUUUCGAAAGACCAGCAACUGGAACGGUUCUUGAUAUGUUCGAUUAUUGAACGAGGAACAGUGAACAAGCCUGAGGAUCGAAUGUAUACCUAGCAGCAAAUGAACGAGAUUCGUGCAGAUGCGAAUUAGUAUUUUUGAGAUGUGCCAGAACUUUAGACCUGUCACAUGGAUGAGUGUUAAUGUAUAGACUAUAGAUGAUGAUGAAACUGUGGAUAUCAUAGGGCAUGGGAAAAUGCAAAGGAUUUGUUGAAAAGAAACAAAUACAUUGAAACUUAGUCUUCCUUUCUGUGCAAACUACAAAGAAUAGCAAAAAGAAGAUAGAAACAGUGUUCGUGAA